AUGGCUGACGCCCACGCGCUAGACGCCCCGGCGGUCAUUUUCGACAAUGGGUCUGGGCUGUGCAAGGCCGGGCUGUCCGGGGAGAUCGGGCCCCGCCACGUGGUCAGCACCGUGGUGGGGCACCCCAAGUUCCCCGUGGCCUCGGCGGGGGCCGCCCAGAAGCUCUUUGUCGGGGAGGAGGCCCUGCACAAGGGCGACACCCUGCACCUGUGCCGCCCCAUCGAGCGCGGCCUGGUCACCAGCUGGGACGCCAUGGAGGCGCUCUGGAGGCACCUGUUCGAGUGGGAGCUGGGCGUGAAGGCCUGUGGCCAGCCGGUGCUGGUGACCGAGCCCGCCCUGAACCCCAGGGAGGCCCGGGAGAAGGUGGCCGAGCUCAUGUUCGAGACCUUCCAGGUGCCGGCCUUCUACCUGUCGGACCAGGCCGUGCUGGCGCUCUACGCCUCGGCCUGCGUCACGGGCCUGGUGGUGGACAGCGGGGACGGCGUCACCUGCACCGUGCCCAUCUUCGAGGGCUACUCGCUGCCCCACGCGGUCGGCAAGCUGCACGUGGCGGGGCGGGACAUCACGGAGCACCUGGCGCAGCUGCUGCGGGCGGGCGGGCGGGCCUUCGCCUGCGGGCUGAGCACGGCGCUGCUGGACGACAUCAAGGAGAAGCUGUGCUACGUGGCGCUGGAGCCGGCGCGGGAGCUGGCCCGGAGGCCCGAGGAGGUGCUGCGGGAGUACAAGCUGCCGGACGGCAGCCUCGUCCAGAUCGGCGACCAGCUGUUCCAGGCGCCCGAGGCCCUGUUCGCGCCCCAGCAGCUGGGCCUGCAGAGCCCCGGCCUCGCCCAGAUGGUCUCGUGCAGCGUGGCCAAGUGCGACGCCGACGUCCAGAACACCCUCUACGGGGAGAUCGUGCUCUCGGGGGGCACCACCCUGUUCCCGGGGCUGGACGACCGGCUGCUGAAGGAGCUGGAGCGGCUGGCCUCCAAGGGGACCCCCAUCAAGAUCACGGCGCCCCCCGACCGGUGGUUCUCCACCUGGAUCGGGGCCUCCAUCGUCACCUCCCUGAGCAGCUUCCGGCAGAUGUGGGUCACCUCGGCCGACUUCAAGGAGUUCGGGACGUCCGUGGUCCAGAGGAGAUGCUUCUGA